AUGGGUAGUAUAGUGAAGGUUAAAACUCGAAUUGUGAAGGGGCCUUAUCCUGGACAAAUCUUGACGGCUGUCGGGGUGGAUGGGAACAAUGGUUAUUUCCCAGUAGAUUAUGUUGUGGUUGAUAUUGAGACAAGAGCUACAACUGUGCCUUGGUGGGAGGCAGAAAUGGAGAAGAUGAAAAAUGAGGAUAAGGAAGCUUGGAAGUGGUUGACGAAGAGACCUGCAAAAAAUUGGAGCAAAUUUCACUUCGAGUCACAUUUUAAAUGUGAUCUUUUGUUGAAUAAUCUAUGUGAAAGUUUGAAUGCAGGCAUAUCAGAUGCAAAGGAUAAGGGUGUAUGUGAUACUUAG